AUGAUUCUUCUGCAAGGAAGGUGGUGGGAGCAAAAUGAUGGCUAUCGAACUUUAUCCUUGUCCGGGCAUGUUGGUUUUGGUAGUUUACCUGAUCAACUGGUUAAAAAAUCCAUCAAGCAGGGCUUCUGCUUCAACAUUCUUUGCAUUGGGGAAACUGGAAGUGGGAAAUCAACCUUGAUAAACAGUUUGUUUAACACCAGUUUUGAUGACCCUGUGUCAACGCAUUUUCUGCCAAAUGUACGACUUAGAGCCCAGACUUACGAACUCCAGGAAAGUAAUGUUCUUUUGAAGCUGACCAUUGUAAAUACAGUGGGAUUUGGUGACCAGAUAAACAAAGAAGAUAGCUAUCAGCCAAUAGUGGAUUAUGUAGAUGCACAAUUUGAAGCCUAUCUCCAGGAGGAACUGAAAAUUAAACGUUCUUUGUUUAGCUACCAUGACACUCGCAUCCAUGUCUGCCUCUAUUUCAUUUCACCUACAGGCCAUUCCCUAAAAACCCUAGAUUUGUUAACCAUGAAAAGCCUAGACAGCAAGGUGAACAUUAUACCAAUUAUAGGCAAAGCAGACAGCAUUUCUAAAACCGAAUUACAGAAGUUCAAGAACAAAAUCAUGAGUGAAUUAGUUAGUAAUGGCGUCCACAUAUACCAGUUUCCAACUGAUGAUGAAACCGUUUCUAAAAUUAAUACCAUCAUGAAUGGUCAUUUGCCGUUUGCCGUAGUAGGAAGUACAGAAGAGGUGAGAAUUGGAAACAAAAUGGUGAGAGCUCGUCAGUACCCCUGGGGCAUUGUACAAGUGGAAAAUGAGAACCACUGUGACUUUGUAAAGCUUCGUGAGAUGCUUAUUUGCACAAAUAUGGAAGACUUAAGAGAGCAGACUCAUGCACGACAUUAUGAGUUGUACAGACGCUGCAGACUGGAAGAGAUGGGCUUCAGAGACAUUGGCCCUGAGAACAAACCAGUCAGUCUACAGGAAGCCUAUGAGGCAAAGAGGCAUGAGUUCUACCUUGAACUGCAAAGAAAAGAGGAGGAGAUGAGACAACAGUUUGUGCAGAGAGUGAAGGAGAAAGAAGCAAUAUUGAAAGAAGCAGAGCAACAGGUACAGACUAAAUUUGAACAUCGUAUGCUAAUGCAUCGAGAAGUGAAAAUGAAAUUAGAGGAAAAAAAGAAAGUUCUAGAAGAUGAAAUAGCUAUGUUUAUUGAGAAGAAAGCUAAUGCUGAAUUACUCCAAUCACAAGCAUCUGUUUCUACCCCUGUAGUUAGUAAGAGAGACAAGGACCGCAAAAAGAAACAAGGUUUUCGACUUGAACUCCUGUGCUUUGAUGUCAGAGAUGAAGAAAUUGUGAAUGUUCACGAACAGAGCGAGAGGGAGAGGGAGAAGUUAGAGAGGGAGAGAAAUUCACCCAGGGAAUUCCAGAAAUAG